AACAAAAUAAAGUAAACGACACAUACCGCAGCUAAAGAAAACGGGAGGAUAUUUAUCAAACCAAAUCGGUUCUUUUAAGAAUCUUACCGUCUUUCCACCGAAUAGACGCCGUCGAUUCUUCUAGUUUCCGGCGAUAGUCCGAAUCGUUUCCGGAGAUAAGCUCUUCAGCUCAGAUCUUCAUGGCUCCUGUCGCUCCUCGUUCCGGUGAUGCCAUUUUCGCUAGUGUUGAUCGCGUGAAUGCGGAGCUUUUUACUUUGACCUAUGGCGCAAUCGUGCGCCAGUUGCUUACGGAUCUGGAGGAGGUUGAAGAGGUCAACAAACAGCUUGAUCAAAUGGGUUAUAAUAUUGGCAUUCGUCUGGUUGAUGAGUUCCUAGCAAAGUCUAAUGUCUCCAGUUGUGUUGACUUCAAAGAAACAGCUGAAGUUAUUGCAAAGGUCGGCUUUAAAAUGUUCUUGGGAGUCACUGCAUCUGUGACAAAUUGGAAUGCUGAUGGAACAAGCUGUAGUAUUGUUUUGGAGGAUAAUCCUCUGGUAGAUUUCGUUGAGCUUCCUGAUACUUGUCAGGGUCUGUAUUACUGCAACAUCCUAAGUGGGGUCAUUAGAGGAGCCUUAGAAAUGGUGUCAAUGAAGACUGAAAUCACGUGGGUCCGUGACAUGCUUAGAGGUGAUGAUGCAUUUGAGUUGCAAGUAAAACUCCUAAAGCAAAUUCCAGAAGAGUAUCCCUACAAAGAUGAUGAGUAAAUUGAUCCUGCAUUAUACACAAUUUUAACUUGUCUCUCUUUGGUAGAACGCAAAAAUUGUAGGAUCUAUUUUUUUAUUUUUACUUUACAUGCUAAUACCUUUGAAUGGAUGAGAUUAUAUAUAUUUAUAUGAUACCGUUUUAUUGUUAAAAAGGAAAAUUGUUGAUUA